GUUAGUGACAAAAAGAUGAUCACUAAAUUAUCACAUUUCUAAUGACGUUGUGACGUCACAUGUGUCAUUACUUCGUCUCAUCACACUGAUGUCUGUCACAUUCGCCUCGUCACGGUCGGUGCCGGCAAACUACAUCGUGGUUACUUCAUUACCAUCGUCACAAUGCGUGACGGCAUUGAUCUGAUACACUGCAAUUCAAUCAAAUUGUGUUUUAUUGAUGGGUUGUGGUCGGAUAUUCAACGCGUUACGUCGGUGCAAGCAGCUGGAAGAUGGUGACAACAGUAGUCAGUUGGCCAGAUGUCUCGGUCUACUAGACCUUACAGCACUUGGGGUCGGCAGUACCCUAGGUCUGGGCGUCUAUGUGUUAGCAGGAGCGGUCGCGAAGACCGUGGCUGGUCCCGCCGUGUGUAUCAGUUUUCUGGUCGCUGCUGUAGCCUCGGCUUUUGCUGGUGUCUGCUACGCUGAAUUCGCAGCCAGGGUUCCGAAGGCAGGUUCAGCCUACGUGUACAGUUACGUCAGCGUGGGCGAGUUCAUCGCGUUCACCAUCGGAUGGAACCUCAUCUUGGAGUACGUGAUCGGUACAGCCAGCGUGGCGAAAGGCAUGGCGUUGUACAUAGACAGUCUGUGCAACAACUCCAUGGCCAGAGCCAUGACUGAAGCUGCUCCCAUCAAUAUCUCCUUCAUGGCUGAUUAUCCUGACUUUUUCGCCUUUGCCCUUGUUAUGCUUAUAACUGUACUCCUGGGCAUUGGUGUGAAGGAGUCGACGAAGCUGAACAACGUAUUCACAGCGUUGAACCUCGUCACUGUCAUCAUCGUCGUCAUUGCUGGAGCCGUCAAGAGUAACCCAGCCUAUUGGAGGAUACCUCUUGAAGAUAUACCAGAUGAAUACAAAAGUCAAGCUGGUGCUGGUGGCUUUGCACCCUGGGGAGUCGCAGGCAUCAUGGCCGGUGCUGCCAAGUGCUUCUUCGGGUUCGUGGGCUUCGACUGUGUGGCGACCACCGGCGAGGAAGCUAAGAACCCCAAGAGAGACAUCCCCCUGUCCAUCGUACUGUCCCUGGUCGUGAUCUUUGUGUCCUACUUCAGUAUAGCUACGGUGUUGACUAUGAUGCUGCCGUAUUAUCUUCAGGACGCAGACGCUCCCUUCCCCCAUGUAUUCACGGAGGCCAAUUUACCAGUCAUCAAAUGGAUCGUCACCAUCGGAGCUAUCUUCGCCCUCUGCACCAGUCUGCUUGGAGCCAUGUUCCCGCUGCCCAGGGUGUUGUACGCCAUGGGUAGUGACGGCGUGCUCUUCAGACCUCUAGCUGCCAUCAACAAGAGGACUCAGACGCCAGUGAUGGCUACUAUUUUAAGUGGACUUUUGGCAGCAAUAAUGGCUGCCUUGUUCAACUUGAACCAGCUGAUCGACAUGAUGUCCAUUGGAACACUCCUGGCCUACACCAUCGUCGCUACCAGUGUACUUAUUCUAAGAUAUGAAGAAGAGUCUACCAUCCAGUUGCACGCUACGAAGCCAGCCCCUGAGACCCCAUUCACCGUGUUCAAGCAGCUGUUCAACUUGCUCGGACUUAAGUACCCCACACAGCUCUCAUACGUCAUCGCCAAGUGCACUAUCAUGAUAUUCUUUGUGGUGGCGCUAGCAACAUGCGCGUUGCUCCGCUGGGAGCAGGCGGAGGCGGCGCUGGGUGUGCUGGGCGCCGCGCUGCUGGUUCUGCUUGUUGUGCUCUACCGACAGCCGAGGAACAGCGUCGAGAACCUGUCCUUCACGGUGCCAUUGGUGCCCUUGGUACCAUACCUGAGCGUCUGCAUGAACGUGUACCUGAUGGUGCAGCUGGACUACCAGACCUGGGUGCGGUUCAUCAUAUGGCUCGCUAUCGGUUACAUGAUCUACUUCUUCUACGGCAUCAGGAACAGUUCUCUCAAUGUGAAGAGUGAACCACAGACCAACGGAGUGAUAGAAGAGAAGAGACAAGUCGUCACCACCAAGUUCUAAACAGACUGACCAAUCUAGCCAUAGCUGUGUACGUACAAUACUUAGUUCUUUGUGCUUAUUUAUAUGAGGUAAAGCCGGGAUGCAUUGUCUAAUCUGCUGGUAGAUAAAGACAAAAUUCUUCAAUUCUCUAAACUUCUGGUCGUUUCCAACAAACACCUCCAAACUAUCUAUCAACUAAGACAUACUUAGCGUUAGGGAGAACUUUAAUUAACCCCUUACCGUAUGGUGUCACUUAUAGGUUGCUGAUAACCAUAAUGUCGUGAAGUGUCACCUAUCUUAGCUUAGGAGUGACUUAGAGCUUAAGAUAGGUUGGUGGAAACGGGCGGCUUAUAAUAUAGUUUGGCCCCAUAAAGAUUUUUUUAUACUUUAAAGAGACGAAAGCUCGUAUAGAAUAAAAUUUCCUCUCUCACGUGUUUUUCUGUCACCAAAAUAAUUAUUAAUGUUGUUGUUUGAAAUGUUCCCGGUAUCCUGUCUGAGACAGAAAAUGGAUUUAAAAUAACUAGUUUGCUAAUUUGUUUGUUAAUUUAAAUAAGUUAUUCGUUGGAAGUCGUACAUCACACAUUAGAAUUGUGACCAAUAGACCCUUAAAAGAAGAGAUUGUUAUGUAGAGUGUACUGUUUUAUAUGCAAUGUUAAACUUAGAAACAUCCUGGAAUACAUAUUGAUAUUCUUACAAUUAAUCUUAAUAUUCGACCCAUAAUUUUAGAAUAUACUUAGACACUAUUUAAUUAUAUUUUUGACUUUAAACAUAACAGACUUAUGACCAUACUUGUGAAUACUUUUAGUUUAACCUAGUGAGAGUUGUCGCACCGCUAGAGGCGCUGGUGUCGCAUUUAGUCUAUUGGACCAAGAAAAUAUUUACUAGAUAUCAAAAUAAUAAUUUUGUACAUUCAUACAUACGCAGAUCUAACAAGAUAACUAAGAAGCGAGACACAAUGUGAUUUAUAUUGUGUCUCAUAUACCUACAUACGAAAGGUUAAUAAGGCUAACAGGACUUUAAACUACGCUGGCGCCAACUAGUAAGCACUGUCGAAUAUUUUCAACCUUUUUUGUUAGGACUCGCGUUUACUACAGGGUUUUGAUAGGACAGAUUAUACAUAAUAUUAGUUCUUAAGAAAUAAAAUAAUUAAAAUGUAUGUAUAUUGAAUAUUCUUGUUUAAUAAUAAGUCAGGCAUCUGUUACUUAUUUUAUAAAUAAGUAUCUCUUAUAGGUUUGGCAGACGAUAUAGCGUUUCAUAUAGAUUUUAUAUAUAAAAGACAUUUUUUGGAUUUUUAGUAGCUUUUUAAAUAACAGCUAGUAAAGAAAUUGUGUCUGUAAUUGCAAUAGUACCUUGUUUAUGGCAAGCUCGCUUUCUCAUUGCGUAGAACUCAUAACUGUCAAACAUUUAUUGUUCCUUUUUACACGAUUGUAAAUAAUAUUAUGAUAUGUGUUUCUGUCUGCAUCUACUUAUGAAAACAAUGAUGUUAUAAGUUAGAAAGGUGUCGAUAGGUUAGGUACCACAUUGAAAUGUGGCAAAUGAGCCUCAUUUUACCACAGAAUCGCGUUGCGUUGUCAACGUAUUCAUGUGUGCGUGUGUUCCGUUUUUGAAGAUGGAACGUUGUUUAGGUAACGUUUCUACACCUUUUUACUUCUAAUUAAUUUUUAAAAUAUUUUUGCUCUGACAAUAAAUUUAAAAUU